AUGGCGCUUCCAAUUGAGAUAACCAGCAAUCAGGUGGAGAUCCAACUUGUUCCAGCGGAAGAUAUCAAGCGGGAUCUCCAAAGAAUGAAGCCAGAAGUCGCUAAUCAACCGACUGAUGUUGCACUUUGCGACAAGAGGAUUAGAGAUGCCAAAGUUUCAGUUCUUGGAGCUUUCUCAGAUUCAUCCUUCAGCCGUGCCCUGACACUCUAUCAGGAUUACAAGAAGAAGGAUCUCAUGACGGGAGGAAAUAUGCCAUACUCACUUACAUAUCAAGUAUCGUAUGCUCUAUCAAAUUCCCAUCACACGGAAUUAUUUCUGGGAAAGGAAUUCAUUGAAGUACCAGAAAUAUUCAAAGAAGUUGCCAAGACAGUCAAUCCGAACCGAGUUGAAAUUCCCCAGAUUCGGGAAAUUGACAUCGAAGUAGGAGAUAAGUAG